AUGGACGGGGACGGCGUGCGCCGCCGCAACCCCUACGUGGAUGAGUAUGGCGACAACUUCGCGCCGAGCACGUCUGGGAUGCACCGUCCCGGAAAGCCGAUCGGUUACUUUGCCGCGCGCGGCACCCCUUACGGGAAGAAGAUCUUCGGAAAGAGGAUGCUUCUAUUCCUCUUCAUCCUGCUUCCUGUUCUGGCGGUCAUUAACCUGGUGAUUGUUUUGCUCCCAGUAUUGCUUGCCAUCGCGAACCACACGCUCAGCGUGACGGUUAUGCAUGUCACCGCGUCGAAUAUCACGGACCCUCAUAAUGAUUACUUCCCUCUCACCCUGGAGGGUCAAGUGAAAAAGGCAGGCGUUUUCCCCGCACACCUCUACUUCCGCGAGCCCGUCGUCGUGAAGUGGAUGACGCCGCCCGAGAGUGGUGAGAUGCGCGAAGUCGAACUCGGCAACUUCAGGCUGGACUACAUUGGUGUUGCUGCCGGUCACGGCCGCAUCAAGCAAGUGACCAAGUUCAACAUUCAGGACCAGGAGAUGUUUGGCCUGUUCACCCAGUUUAUGAUUACCAAUGAAGAGUUCACUUGGCGCCUGUUCUGUCCAAAUGUUCACGUCGAGGCGUUCUCCUUCCUACCUACCUACGAAAACUUGAAGCUUACCAAGGACGUCGUGUUUAAGGGUAUUAACAACUUUAAGGACGUAAAGAUUCUAGACUUCCAACUGCCCAGCGCUGAUCCAGAAGGCGGUAUCUCAUUCUAUGCAAAGACAAUGCUUACGAAUCCGUCUCCGUUCGGUUUCCAGCUAGGUACACUGAACAUUGAACUGUUUAACGAAGGACUGUUGCUCGGUCCGGGUUUCUCGACCAAUGUCAAUAUUACACCGGGUGUCAACCUCAUUGACCUCAAGGGCCGGCUGCUCUCAUACUCGACGAAUCAGACGGCGCUGAACCAGUUGGGCAAUGUCUUUACGAACUACAUCAACGGUGAGAUCACCCCGACGUACGCACAAGGUAAAAGCGUUGUGCUGAGCAACGGUCAGACUGUCGGGUGGCUCUCCAAAGGUAUCCAGGCGCUGAACAUUUAUGUGCCAUUCCAAUCGCCUUACCUGAUCAAUCCGAUCAAGAGCAUUGUGAUCAAGCAGUUCAACCUGACUUACGACUCGGACACGGACCCCUACUCUCCUACGGCAUCGUCCGACAGUCUGAGUGCUGACCUUGCCCUGCCUUUCGGUUUCCCGCUGAACAUUAUUUCGGCCAAGAACGAGAUUACGAUCGUGGACCAAAUCAACGGCAAGCCGAUUGUGCACGUUGCUGGUGUGUAUUCCAACUCGGAAACGCAGCUGAACAUCGUCGCUUCGGGUCAGACAGCCGGAACACUCUUCCUCACGCUGCGUCCCUCGCCUAUGAUUCUCCCGAGUCAGACGGACGACGCGCGCGCCGAGUUUGAUCAAUUCCAAAAGGAAUUCACCUUCUCGACCAAGGACCCCAAGAAAUUCAAUGGAUCUUCCGCAGCGCUCACCGACACGCCUGUAGGCCGCAUCCUGCUGAACGGGAUCAAGUUCUCAGUGGACAGUGGUCUGCUGGGUCUUCAGGGUCUGGCCGGGUACCCCACUACGAUUAAUGGUGUGGAUGUCGUUGGUGGUUCGCGCGAGGCGCUUACGCUGUCCGUGAACACGACCAUCAUCAACCCUUCGAAUGUCAACGUCAAGGUCGGCACGACCAAGCUGUUGAUGGUCUAUUCGGAUGUUGUUGGUGAUGUGGUUCUCAACGACCUGAACCUGGUCAUUGGUGAGAACAACCUGACUGCCACGUCGAACUUCAACCCUAAGGCUAGCCCCAAGGGUUACGAGCUGCUGAACCGCUACGUCAGUGGUCUUGACUCGCCAGUGAACAUUUCUGGUUACGAGGGCUCGACGGGUAUCAAGUCCCUUGUGCCGGCCUUCUCGGCCGUGCGAGUGAACUCGACGCUGAACGGACUCAAGACCCAGCUUGUUGGUCAAGCCCAGCUCAAGGUACUGAACACCACGGGUAUCCAGGACGAUGUGGCGAACUCGAUUGUGAGCCUUAACAAUCCUUUCACUUCGGGUCUCAAGAUUACGAAUAUCAAGUCUAAUGUCACGUCGCACGGCCUCUUUGUCGCAGGCAUCGACACAGAUCUUGACUUUUCGGCCGGCGGAAAGGCGACGACCAAUUCGCCUCAAAUUCCACUGCACCUCAAUCUGUACCCGCCGGACAUAUUUGCGCUGGUGCGUGCACUUGCUGUACAGUCCGGCCAGGAUGUGAAGCAGCUCGACGGUAUUGUCCAGCUUGCGGGUUACACGUACUCGAAGACGACGAAUGCUAACAACGACAUUAAGCCGUCGAAGCGUUCACUUCGCGAGGAGGAGCUUGAGGCUGAGCAGGAGGCCGAGAUGGUGCAGGCGCAUCUUCUCUCCAAGCGUAAGACUAACAUGUACACGGGCUUUAACUUGGUCAACUUUGUGCAAAAGGCCUUCACGGUGGCGUCGGCGAACCUGGAGAUUGUGUCCAUGACGCAGAUCGGUGAAUACGAAUCGGCGCUCACCUUCUCUCAGCAAAAUGUACCACUCAAGACGGACGACUCGCUGAACCUGCUUCUCCCUGUCCUGUCUAAGCCGAUUGUGCAAAAGAUUAUUGAUGGCGCGACGCUUGGCAUUGACAAGAUCACGAUUAUUGAUCCGCAGCUGAAGUCGUUCAAGACGCAGCUAGUUGGUUCGAUUACGAACUCAGGUCCUUUCGAUGCCAAGAUCUCGUUCCCUCAAGGUCUGCAAGUGUCGUGGAACAACAAAGUUCUGGGUCAGAUUGCCAUGCCGCAGAUCAGCCUUGCGGCGGACGAGGGUGCUCAGCUGAACCUCGAGGCCGACUUUGCCGUCGCCGACGUCGACGCGCUGACCGAGUUUACCAAGUUCCUUGUGACGCAACCGAGUUUCGUGUGGCAGAUUGCCGGCCAAGGCCUACAGGUUGAUGCACUGGGUAUCUCGGUGGGCGGUAUGACUAUCAACAAAGGUGUCAUUUUGACGGGUAUGAAUAAUCUGAAGAAUGCUGUGACUGUGCAGAAGUAUGACCUGCCAAGCAACGACCCUGCUGGCGGUAUCCACCUUACAGCGCAGUCGGUGAUCACGAACCCGUCGCAGAUCGGUGUUCAGCUGUCGCGUUUCGGUACGAUGGUCUACCGCAAUGGCACGAACCUUGGUCCGACGGCCGCAGCUGGCCCAUUCACGCUGCUGCCCCUUUCCAAGACGAAUCUGCCGCUUGCUGGUCGCCUGCAGCACCAAGACAGCACCCAGGGUCUUGCGACGCUCUCGCAGACCUUCACGGAUGUGGUCCACGGCAAAGAGAUCCCUGUUGAAAUUCGCGGUGACUAUGCCGGCCCGUCGAGUGUGACUUGGCUAAACGAGGGUAUCAAGCUCCUCGUCGUCCAAACCAAGCUUCCUGCUGUACACUUCAGCGUUAUCAGGGCGAUUUCGCUCAACCAAAUGACGCUGAUGUUUACGGAGAAGACAGCUUGGAACCCUGCAACGAGUUCGUCCAACACCCAGGCGCCGUUCUAUCUGCCGUUCGGUUUCCCCUUGGAUAUCCAGAGAGCGGGUGGUGACUUCAUCGAGGGUUACAAGGGCAGCGAUAUUGCUAUUCUCAAGGUACCCAUGUCGCCAGCUGUGACCCAAGUCGAGGCUCGUAUCAUGACGCUCAGGUUCAACGACGUCCCCAUGCAGGCCUAUUCGGACAAGCACAGCCAGUUCUCGGGCUUCCUGGCAGACACGACCGCGCAGAAGAGCGUUACGUUCCAGCUGCACGGCUCGGCUGACGCCAAGGCGAGCACGGCUGCUGGUUUGGUCACGAUUACUGACAUUCCGUUUAGUGUAUCGACGACGCUGGAUGGUCUGCAGAACCUGAAUGCUCGGCCGGUGGUGACAUCCGAUUUGGACGUUGCGCAUGGUUACAGCAGCUACCUGCUAAUCACGCUCAAAGCCGCCAUGUACAACCCUUCGCAUAUUACUAUUGGCACGGGCGAUGUUUCGUUUACUUUGCUCUUCCAAGGCCACAACAUCGGUACGGCGCAGGUCAAGAACCUGAUCCUAAAGCCCGGUAUGAACAAUGUAUCUACCGAAGUGCACUACUCGCCGCAGGGCUCUGCAAACAAGGCUGCUGGUCAAAAGAUGCUCGAGAACUACGUGCAGGGUAUUGAGUCGACUGCUGUCAUUCAGGGCUCGCGUGACACCACGCCCAUUGCUUCGCUGAAGCAGGCUCUGUCUGGUAUCAGGCUUGCCACCCAGAUUCCGCCGCUGCACCAGCUGCUGAUUAUUGAGACGCGUCUGGUGAUCCCUAAGAACAUUGCGCAGACAAGCACUGCUCAGGCUACGUUCCAGCUGCGUAACCCAUUCACUGCAUCGAUCAACCUGGUCAAGGUGAAAGCAAAGGCGUUGUAUCAAGGCAUCUACCUUGGUGUUAUUGACCAGAGCCUCAAUCCCCCGAUCCGUGCCCCUGGUCACACCACGAUCACCUCGCGUACGCUGCCGCUAAAGAUGGAUCUUGAUCCCAAGAACUUGAUUCGUUUCAUCGAAAAGGCGGCGGCAAACACGAACACCAAUCUUGGUCCGCUCACGGCACAGUUUGACCAGGUUAUGGCCAUGUCGAGCACCAAGACGACAGUCCAGCCCUACCCCGACGACAACCCGCCGAACUGCCAUUCUGGUCGACAGUUUGACGUAUUCGGUGCAGUUCUGAGCUUGCUGAAGGGUCUUGAAGUCACACUUGACAUUCAGUCGAUCACCAAGCUGGAUGACUACCAGACGCCGCUAAACAUAAUUCAGCAGCCGGUGCCGACGGACACCGAUCGUACUUCGCUGUACCUCAUUGGUCCAGUGGGUGCACCGAUCGUGCAGAACAUUGUCGACGAAGCUACGCUGUCAUUCUCGGUGACGAACAUCACGAAUGUGCGCAACGAUGGCUUCGACUUGAGUCUGCAAGGUCAGCUGCUGAAGACGGGUCCCUUUGAUGCUCAGAUCGAAUUCCCUGAGGGUGUCACUGUUACGUGGCAGGGUCAGGACAUUGCUAAGAUUCAGCUCCCGCCGAUUUGUGCCGAAGCUGAUAUUGGUGUGCCGAACCUGCGUACGAACGGCAAGCUGAAAAUCACGAACCAGGGCGGCUUUACUAAGUUUGCGACUUACAUUCUGCACAACCCUAGCUUCGUCUGGACGAUCCACACGAACAAGCUGCGUGUGCGUGCCUUGAACAUUAUUUUCAAUGAUGUCAAGAUCAGCAAGGACCUCAGCUUCAAGGCAUUCAACGGCCUGAAGGGUGUGAAGAUUACAUCGUUUGACAUUCCUGGUGAGACGUCGAAUGCCCUCAAGGUGACUACGGGCACGGAUAUCCCCUCACCUGCGUCGUUGGGUAUUCAACUUGAUACGUCAAACUUUAAGAUUUACUUCAACGGCCAGUAUAUGGGUCCGAUUCAUUCGACGAACUUGUUCCUGGCUGCGGCUAUGACGACGCACACGACCUUGCAUGGUUUCCUUACGAAAAUGACGAGUGAUGCUCAGGUGAAGGCUGCUGGUCAGCUCUUCUCGCAGUACCUCCAAGGCAAGGGUAGCGACUUGGAAAUCAAGGGUGACAGUGUCGUGACCAGGGCGAACGGCAACAAGCCCGUCUCUUGGCUUACGGCUGCGUUCAAGACGCUGACACUCGAUGUCGUCUUACCGGGUCACAUUUACAAGAUUGUGUAUGCGAUCCAAAUCAUCGACCUUUUCGUGACUCUCAUGAAGCAAUCGCAAACCUGGUCUCCACCUACUGGAUCAAACAUGUCAAUUGCAACAUUUGUCAACCCCCUGCACUUCAGCCUGACACCACUGAAGGCUUCGCUGCAGGGUACGAUGAUUUUCGACAACCAGGAUGCUGCUAUUUUGAAGCUGCCCUUGAAGAAGGUCAGCCCUGGUACUGGUACUUCUCAUGGUCCAAACGACCCCCAGCCGCUUAUUCUGUCGUGGAAGGACAUUCCUCUGAAUGCUAUUAGCCACAGCGCCUUCCAGGCCAUGUUCACGCAGCUGACCGACUUCCCUCGUGCAUCGAUUGGUCUCAAGGGUACGGCCGGUCUUGUGGCUCGCAUGGUUAUCGGUGACAUUCCGAUCGAGGGAAUUCCUUUCGGUAACAUCACCACGACGCUCAAGGGCUUCGAUUCGUUUACACGCAAGGCGGUUGUGCAGCGCUUGGAUGUGGACAAGGGUACUCCGGAACACCUGGACAACAAGGUCAAGCUGAUCAUGACCAACCCUAGCAACAUUACCAUCAAGACCACUGGUCUGUCGCUCCCGGCCUUUUACAAGGACACCUAUGUUGGUCGUGCAAUCCUCGACGACAAGACGGUUGUUCCUGGCGAUAACUACCUGGAGGGUAUUUUCCGGUACCAGCCCAACAACAACAACGACUCUACUGCGCAAGAGGUCAUCCAGCGUUACGCUCAGCCCCAAGAGCACAACGGCAAGAAGAAUAUUCCGUACCAGACUCCCGCUACGCUCAAGGGUAUUCCGAACGCGAACCCGCCGUUGACGCCGUUCGAGUCGCUGCGCCCGGGUAUCGAGGGAGUUUAUGUGACUUCGUCUCUGCCUGGUAUUGCUACUCGUGUGCUGCAGCGUAUCGAUGCCUUCUUCGACGUGCUUACUCUUUUCUCGGCCCCUGGCCUUCGUCCCUACAUUUUCAUCAAGCUUACGUUCCAGAACGAUUUGCCGGUUCCUAUCACCUUUACGCGUAUCCAGGAUCAAGCCAACAUUGCCGGACAGCCGCAGCCGAUUUAUGCGUCGUUCACCGAGAAUAAAGUCACCAACUGCCGUAUCCCGGCUGCGAGGGCGACCAAGGUGGACCCUGGUAUCCACACCUGCGACCCCAUCCACAAUGUGUUAGGUGACCAGGGUCUGCUCGGCUCGCUGCCCGUUAUCGAAAAGAACUUGGAUGUCGCCAAUAUGGUCCAAAUCCAGCUCAGCGAUGGGGGUUACGUGCUCAACGCUCUCCAGUACAACGAGUACGAUGUGGACACGACGUACUCGCUGGCAAUUGGCGGCGUUCCCUUGCUGAACAUUACCUCGAUCGAUGAUAUGAUCCAAGGUAUUCUCGGCUCGCUCGGCAAGAUGUCGUCCGACGACGUUUCGAAGGUGACCAACAGUUUCGCAUCUCUCGGUGAAAACGGUAUCGGCCAGCUGGCCGAUACCAACUGGAACAAGGUCGUUUGUGCUCUGGAGAACUUGCCUCUGUCGCUCAUCCACACCGCCAAGUGUCAGUCGAAUACCCCUGCCGGCAAGGUUGCAGCCAAGUCGGCUAGCAGCAGCAGCUCAUCGAUGAGCAGCACAUCCAAUGCUGGAGCGUCCAACUCAAAAGUUCCUGCGCACGGCGGUGAAGCCUCGCUGCCUCUCCAGCUGAAAGAGGCCCAGCGCGUGGCUCGCACAGACAUUCUGCUUUUGCUGGAGCACACUCCUACGUAUACUCUUGGUAAGCGCGACGAUGUUGCAGUAAGCGGAGCCAUGGCGUCGGCGCUCAAGGCGGACAUCUUUCAAACCCAGCGCGGCGGACUGCUGACAUACCACGGUCCUGGACAGCUCGUGGGUUACCCGAUUCUGGACAUUGGGGCGAUGCAGCUCUCCACGCGGUGCUAUAUUGCGCGCCUCCAAGAAAGCCUGCGCGCCGCGCUCGCUGCGUCGCCUCUUUCUAUGAGCACACAAGAGUCGCCGCAAGACGACGCAAAGUAUACGGGUGUGUGGGUCGACGCGACACACAAAAUUGCGUCGCUCGGUGUGCACGUCCGCCACCGCGUCACGUCGCAUGGGUUUGCGUUGAACGUGCACAACACUGCCUUGCAAGGUUUCCAAAAUAUUGUCGCUUGUGGCCUGCCGAAUGUGCAGCUCACGUCGAUCGACCAGCAACUCGAGCGUGCAGGCCGCACGCUCGACGUGCGCGUGCCCGACGUCGCCCGCCUCUGUGCCGACCACCUGGCCACGGCGCUGCAACGCACGACCGAGUCUGCGGCUGAAACGUGUCUAUCAUACAUCCCUACGACCAACGAUGCCGGCGAACAGGUCCUGUCCAAGGUCCUUGUCGAAGGCACCGAGGUCACCGCAUAG